AUGAUAAAUCGCAAUGCAUUAUUGAUAAUCAUAAUUACUCUGACAUGCGCAUUCCGCCCAAUGGGGGUAAUUUCCCAACUCUAGGAAUUUGUUGUGAAGAGGAAAAUAAUUGCUACUAUUGCACGCUCCCGAUGCUGGUGCACCAUGUCGCGACGGAAGCAGGCGAAGCCCCAGCACAUCAACUCCGAGGAGCAGCCCCCAGAUGCUGCAAGUGGGAGUCCACAAGACGUCCCAGGUGAUAGAGAUGGUGAAAUGAGUUCCAAAAGGUGCCGCACUGAGGAAACCAAAAUCUGUGAGAAAUGCUGUGCAGAAUUCUUUGUUCUCUCCGAAUUCCUUGAGCAUAAGAAAAAUUGCACUAAAAACCCGCCUGUUCUGAUCAUGAAUGACGCUGAGGGAACGGUUCCCCCCGAGAGCUUCCCCGAGGCCACUCUGGGGCCGUUCCCGAGCGAGCGGAUGGACGGCCGGACACGCAAGGACAUUCAGACAAAGGGCUGCGCCGCUUCCGUGGACAAGAGAGAAGGAAAGCUGGACGCUGACGGGGUGGGAGGGAUGUACCUGAAAAUAGAGCCCCCCAUCACUGCCGCAGCCCCCGGCCUCAGCUACCUGCCCAAAGCCAAAGUCCCCAACACUAACGUGACGCUGCAGACCAUCCGCGGCACCAAGGUGGCCGUCAACCAGCGGGCGUCCGACGCYAUCUCGUCCUCGGCGGCCGGCUUCAACGCCAUCCCCAUGAUCCUGGAGCAGCUGGUGUGCCUGCAGCAGCAGCAGCUGCAGCAGAUCCAGCUGACGGAGCAGAUCCGCAUCCAGAUCGCCAUGAUGGCCCCGCACGCCCUGCACCCCUCGCUGGCCGCYGCCGCUGACCCUCUCAAGGCGCUGGGCGCACACAUGUCCCAGCAGCUCUCGGCGGCCGUGGCUUUGAUCGGGCAGAAAGCGGGGAGCCAGAGCCUAUCGCUGGAAUCCUUGAAGCAAGGCAAACUACCUCACUCGAGCCCUGGCAUGGCAGCCGCCGGCUCGCUGGCUGCCGGGCUCUCCUCCUCCUUCCCCCUSAAGCCCGAGGGCAGCCGAGGCCUCCCCGGCUCCAUCUCGCAGUUCCCGAACCCUUUGCUACCUCAGUCCUCCGGCUCGGUCAUCUUCCAGAACCCGCUGUCGGCCGUUUCCUCCGUGAUGGAUUCCUCCAAGAAGGGCAAGGGGAAGCCCCCCAACAUCAGCGUGUCGGAAAGCAAGCCCGCCACCGAGGAGCCCUUCUUCAAACACAAGUGUAAGUUCUGCGGGAAGGUUUUCGGCAAUGACAGCGCCCUGCAGAUCCACCUCCGCUCCCACACCGGGGAGCGGCCCUAUAAAUGCAACAUCUGCGGGAACCGCUUCACCACCAAAGGAAACCUCAAAGUGCAUUUCCAGCGGCACAAGGACAAGUACCCCCACAUCAAGAUGAACCCGUACCCGGUUCCCGAGCACCUGGACAAUGUUCCCACCAGCACCGGGAUCCCGUACGGGAUGUCCGUGCCGCUGGAUGAGUCCAACCUGAUUGUGGACAGCAAACCUCUGCUAACAACUCUGCCUACCUCUGCGGCCUCGGCCGCGCCCCAGGCCGUGUCCAGCCUGGCAGGCAUCAAGGAACCCCUGCCCAGUCCGUUCUCCAGCGAUCUGCAGUGCAGACCCUCCCCGGACAGCGAGGGCGGCUCCUCCUCGUCGGGGGCGGUCGGUCACGAGUCGGGGACGGAGCAGAGCCUGAGCUCACCGCAAGCUGCCUGCAGCGUGAGCAUCUUCCACGUAAGUGGGUCAAACGAGCAGGGCUCUGAGACAUCAAAGCUGCAGCAGCUGGUGGAAAACAUCGACAAAUCCACUGCCGACCCCAACGAGUGCCUGAUCUGCCACAGAGUGCUGAGCUGCCAGAGCUCGCUCAAAAUGCAUUACCGCACUCACACCGGCGAGAGGCCCUUCAAGUGCAAGAUCUGCGGCCGUGCCUUCUCCACCAAAGGGAACCUAAAAACCCACUAUGGAGUGCACCGGGCCAACACUCCCCUGAAGAUGCAGCACUCGUGUCCCAUCUGCCAGAAGAAGUUCACCAACGCCGUGGUGCUGCAGCAGCACAUCCGCAUGCACAUGGGYGGGCAGAUCCCCAACACCCCUCUGCCCGAAGCUGCUGGGGACAGCACCGACCUGGAGCCCGCUGGGGCCGACAAGAACGGGGACAGCGCUCGCCCCGAGGAGAUGGUGGAGAGCAUAGACAUGGAAGAGGACGUGGACUCUCAGGACGGCCCCAGGAGCUCCUCCAARCCUCCCACCCCGUACGAUGCACAAUCAGAGUCGCCCGCCGCGGCCACCGCCUUCUCCGGGGUGACGGCCCUGGAGAGCCAGAUGAAGGUGGUCAGCUCCUCUCUGAGCCUGCAGCGCCAGAGCAGCCUGAAAUCCAGCGACAACUCCGCGGAGAGCGAUGGCCUGACCAACGACUCGUCCUCCGUGGCCGGAGACGGCGAGUACCAGAACGGCCGGAGCCCCGCCGCCUCCGAGGCCGCGUCGCUGCAGGCGCUGUCCCCGGCCAACAGCCAGGCUGAGAGCGUCAGCUCCAAGUCCCCUGCCUUCCCCAGCCAGGAGGAGUUGGGCACGGGGAGUAAAUCCGAGGGGCCUGAGAGYGCUCCUGUGGAGGUGGAAGGGGUUGUGGGAGCUUUGGAUCUGACGUACGGCAACAUCGGCCGCAAGGUGAUUAAAGAGGAGCCCGGGUUACACUUUGCCAACGGAGAAUAUGGUCGCAGCAGUAUUCCAACUGCCUUUGUCAGAGCCCCACCAGCCCUGAUCAAAAUGGAGCUGCCCAGCGAGCGUCCCCUCAGCACUGGCCACUUCAUCGGUCCCCCGGCGCUGUCCCCAGGGGUGGCCCCGCUGCUGGUGCCGCGCCCCAAGUUCUGCCGUCCCGCCAAACAGCACAUCUGCACUACCUGUGGCAAGAACUUCUCGUCUGCCAGCGCCCUGCAGAUCCACGAGCGCACCCACACCGGAGAGAAACCCUUCGCCUGCACCAUCUGCGGGAGAGCCUUCACCACCAAGGGAAACCUCAAGGUCCACGUAGGAACCCACAUGUGGAACAACUCAGCGCGGCGGGGACGGCGGCUGUCCAUCGAUAACCCCAUGGCCCUGCUGGGCAACAACGACCCCAAGAAGGUGUCRGAGAUGUUCCCCAAGGACAUGGUGGCACCCUCGGUGAGCAUCGACCCCGCCGUGUGGAACCAGUACGCGGCUGUGCUCAGCAACGGGCUGGCCGUGAAAGCCAACGAGAUCUCGGUGAUCCAGAGCGGGGCCCUGCCCGUGCCCGUGCCCGGGGGCUCGCCCUUGAACACUGCCCCGSCUGCCAAGGACGGGGCUCAGGCUGGUGCCGGCUCUGACACGGAGAAAACGGGCGCUGCUGCUGCAGACAAUGUGCCAAAACACCAAUUCCCUCACUUCCUGGAGGAGAGCAAAAUCGCCGUGAGCUAAAGGCUCACAAGGACAUGACCUACACAAAGAGCAAAUAUAUAUAGACACAAACGUAUAUUUUUGAGAGAUUCCACUUCGGCCUCCUAUUUUCCUAUUGACGUGCAAAUGAUUUUAUGGUUGUCUUUGUAAGAGUUGCCCAGAGUACAAUCAUGAUAUUGCUUUGCAAAUAGUAAUUAAUAAAGAAUAGGAUUUCCUUCUAUUUGGAAAGAUGCGGGUCUUGCAAAGUAGUUCUUACAUGUGAYUUUAAUGUGUACAGCCUUACAGAAGUUUCUACAACUUGAAAUUCCAAAGGUUAGAAUAUUUACCUCUUUGUUUAGAGUGAUAAUGGGGGUUUUGAAUAGAGUGGAAACAACCUACUGUUGMUGGAGAAGCUUCUAUUUACUGAUGAGAAAUGGAAACUAUUAAUGCGGGUAAAUAUCCUAGAAUGUCUGCCACCCUCUUAGAAAGAGUUUUUCUGUUUGGAUUUUUGGCUCUGUGUGGUUUCUGAAUGUACUUUUUCCUAAGAAUGGCUAUAAA